AGCGGCGGCGGCGGCUGCCGGGUGCGCACCUGCCCCGCCUCCGCCAGGCGGGCCUCGGGGCAUGCAGCGGGCCGGGGGCGGGGCUCCGAGGCCCCGGCGCGGUGACGGGCGCCCGGGCGAGCCCGCCCGCCCGAUGCUGCCCGCGGACGCCGACCCUCCGGAGCCCGUGCGCGGCGGGGCGCACGAGCUCGCGCUCUUCCUGACCCCCGAGCCCGGGGCCGAGGCGAGGGAGGUGGAGGCCGCCAUCGAGGGGAUGCUCCUGGUGCUGGAGGAGUUCUGCAGCCUGGCCGCCGGGAUCAGGAGCGACACUUCUCAGAUCCUGGAGGAGAACAUCCCAGUCCUGAAGGGCAAAGUGACAGAAAUGCGUGGCAUCUACGCCAAAGUGGACCGGCUGGAGGCCUUCGUCAAGAUGGUUGGGCAGCACGCUGCCCUCCUGGAAGCCCACGUGCUCCAGGCUGAGCGGGACCACAGGGCCUUUCCGCAGGCCCUGAGGAGGUGGCUGGGCUCCACCUUCAGAAAUAAGCCAUCCGCGCCAGAGCCCCCGCCCUUCCAGCUGCCCGCGUUGUACAGGACCGAGGACCAUUUUCCCAUGGACGCCCGGGAGGCACAGCGCCAGCCCCACUGAGGCCGCUGGCCUUUGUGAGCGCCGCGUGCUCCCGCGGGACCUGGAGUGGACUGUAUCUGCAGCGCCUGCGUUUCUUGUGCUUUUGUUGUGGUUGAUUUGUUGUGUUGGUGCAUUUCUUCCCCGUGGGUGUGGGGCUGCAGAGGGGCAUGUGUGGCAGGGACUCAAGAUCUGGCGGCCAGGGUGUCACCUCCUGCCUGCUAUUUUAAGGGGCGAGGCUCUGGGUGGGCAGGCCGUGCAGGGAAGCUGGGG